CUUACCGUUUCAGACCCACAAUCUCUGUUUUCAUUGGUUGUAAAGUGCAUUAUGUUUUUACUCAUCAGUGUGACUCACUCCUGCUCUCCACUCAGGUGUGCUGCUUCGCCGGAGGACAUGGAUCAGACACAAGAAGGAGGCGUGGAGCAGGUAUAAAGAGGAACAACUAUGUCAACUCGUGCUCAGACCUGACGCGGCAUCUCUCCCUCUACAGCAGACAGAUGGCGUACUCGACGAGCACUCUGGCACAGGGCUGCUUUGGGAAGGUGUACAAGCAGAAGUACAAUGACACCUGGGCUGCUAUAAAGAAAGUCCCCCAACAGCUCAUCAGCAGGAAGGACCUGGAGAGAGAGUGUGAUGUGUACAACAAGGCAGAUCAUCCCAACAUAGUGAAACUUCUGGGCAACAUAAAUCUGAUGGACGGAAAAUGGAUUAUUCCUCUUGAGUUUAUCUUCGGAGAAGACUUGGAGACCACCAUCUUCAAAGCAUCAAAGUCCAAAAUACAGCUGACUCCAUCUAUUAAAGGGACCAUCAUUAUCGGCAUGUGUGAAGGGAUGCUUCACCUCCACUCCAAAGAUAUCGUCCAUCAAGACCUCAAGCCGGAGAACAUCAUGGUGAGUUAAGGGCUGCUUCUUCUGUCAGAGUCAUUUCUCUCACUCAUAACAUGAAGACCAUUACCAAUAAUGAGAUCUUAAAAACACAGUACAUGUAUGAUCCUAAAAUUGGAUGUUAUUCCUCAAUAUGUUUGAGUCCAAAGUCUUUACUGGCCUUUUUUUAUUUCAAAAUUGCAAGGAUAUUUUCCUUUUUUUUUCUUA